UUUGAAGCUGGCGUUACGCAGAGCUCGGCGACCAGCUGCGCACUCGUGUCUGCUUGAUUGAGUGCUUAAAUCGCCGCCUCCACUCAAACGACUAAUGUAAGGUGGCCAGCAGUCGGCAGUGGCGCUAUUGCGUGUGUCCGUUGUGCUUCUUUGUUCUGUCCAGCGCCCCACCGCCAUGCCUCUGGAGCAGUGUCUGGGUCGCAAAUACAAACUCGAGAAGACCGAAAACUUCGAUGAAUUCCUCAAGGCUUUCGGUGCGAGUUACCUAGUCCGGAAGAUGGUACAGGUGGCGACCCCAGUGGUGGAGUUGUCACGGGAUGGCGAAACCUACACAUUCACUUCUGUGUCUCCCUUCAAGACGAGUGUCCUCAAGUUCAAGUUGGGUGAGGAGUUUUCAGAGGAGCGCCACGACGGCGUCCAGGUGAAGUCAGUCAUCCAGCUUCAGGACGACAGCACACUGUUCCACCUGCAGCGCGGUGACCGGGACACCACCAUCACCAGGCGCUUCACUCCAGAGCGAGUCACCAUAACAAUGCAGGUAGAUGACAUCAUCUGCACCAAAGUCUACAAAUCAGUGUAAGGGACGAGGACUCGUCUCCUGAGAAGCCCCAAAUUUGUACUCCUUGAAUGCUGCCUUCUGCUGUUCAGAGAUGAACAGAGUCUUCUAAGACACACCAGAAACUGGCUGCAUGGCA